CAUAAAUAGAUACCCACCACACUGAACAACAUCUCCCCGGAUGAGUCGUAAUUUUCGAUAAAAAUAGAUCUGUAAUUUGUGCUUAAUUGUUAAAACCUUACUAAUCAUUGGAUGCACCCUUGUAGAUGAUGUGAACUAACUGGGAUUUUCGAUGUGAUUUCGGUGACAACCAUGUGAUGUAACGGGACCCUACAGCCGGACCUGUCCUGUGGACUGGCCACGACAGGUACCCAGGGGUCAGUUGUCACGAGUAUCAAGGCCUGCAGCCAUUACCACUGUCCACUAGACGACGUUGGUCAGUUCUGACCUGAGGAAACAGAUCAACGCUAGGGAAUUUACCAUUGAAAGCAAGAUUGGAACGAUAUCUCAGAAUACAUGAUUAAUUCUGACAAGGUUGAGAAGAGCAAAAUCAUCUGUUUCCAAGAAAGUGAUUGGAACUCUAAAACGACUCAUCCGGGGAAACCUUUAGGAUUUGAUCAUCAACAAGGGUUCAUCCAAUGAGAAAGGAAGGAUUUAUCCGAAACACUCAGCAACAUAAUACAAGAUUGUUCUACAGAAAAAAAUAGCUCUUGAAAGACAAAGCAAGUUACUUCAACUGAACAACUCGACAAAAAAAUACAUAAGGGCAUAAUCAUCGUGACAAGACUCACCGUAGUGUGUAACGUUAUACUCCCGAAUUUGUAUAUAAUCAAGAUCUGACACUUGUAUCGACACCAGCACUGAUAAAAUACACUGUUAUAACGCACGUGCGUCUAUUAGUGGUCAUCUGUUAGCCCAGUAUUGGUCAACUAGUGGUCAUUACAUCCAUUGGUUCGAUAUUUGUACUGCACGCUCUCGAGCGUACCACCGUCCGCACGUGCUGACGUCCUAUAUCUAACUGAACUGUGAAGCAGUGCUCGUAUACAUCGGGAAAAACCGCCAGCCACCGCCCCUAUAUCAACGGGGUAUUGUCAGACCCGGGACAUUCUCUCCUAUACAACAGGCGACUCCACACCUGUACACCAACACCUGGGAUCUACUUGUUCACCUGAAGUAUACCUGCAUACCUGACACCAUGGGUGUUGUUGCACUGUCACUUGUUUUGGUUGCGCUUGUUCUGCUAUACAGGUAUCUACAGAAACUCUACUCUGUGUUUGAGAGAAUUAACCUGCCUGGGCCUAAACCGAAAUGGGUCAUAGGAAACUUGAAGGAAUUCAAGGAUCGGAAUCCAUUGGAGGUAUUCAAGGAGUUCAGAAAGAAAUAUGGAAAGAUCUACGGGUUCUUCGAAGGUUUUCGCCCUAGCAUUGUGGUCAACGACCCCGAAAUGACCAAGGAGAUACUGGUCAAGCAUUUCGACAAGUUCGGCGUCCGACCGGUCUACAACCCGUUUACUUACUACCCUGACCAUUUGAAUCUCUUCACCACAUCCGGGUCGUUAUGGAAACAACAGCGAUCCAUCGUUGCCACAGCAUUCAACAAGAUCAACAUGGAGAAGGCUGUUGAAAAUGUCAAGGUCACGUCCGACAUCUUCCUCGCCAAGCUUGCGAAGCUGGUCGAGUACCAUCCAGAGGGCUUCAACAUCGCCACACUCUUGGACGGGUUCACAUUGGACGCUUUCGCCUUGUCUGCAUUCAAUUAUGAAGUCAACAGUAUGGACGACCCGGACGCCAUUCUGAUGCAGUUUAUGACGGAGACCUUGAACGCUGCGUCCACGGAGAACAAACUGGCUGGAAUCUGUCGAGUUUAUGAAAGUCUCACUCCAAUCUUGAAGAUCUUUGACUACAAACAUAGGCGUGUACACAUGAAACACGUGGAAAAGAUGAGGCAAAUGGUACAGUUGACAAGACAACAGAAAAAUUAUACAACUGAAUCGACUGACAACCUCCUGGAUCACAUUAUCACUCGCACGUUCAGUUCCCGUGAUGAGGAGGGCAAAGUUGUACGUCGCGCGCUCGACGACGAGGAGAUCAUUGCACACUUGCACUCCCUGAUCGGUGGCGGACUGGGGACUCUAAAUGCCGCCCUCGAGUUCGUCGUGCAUUGCCUCGCUAUGAACCAGCCGGAACAACAGAGGGCGUAUGACGAGAUAUUCGCACAAUGUGGACUAAACGAACAUCCUACCGUAGCUGCCCUGAAAAACAUGGAGUACCUGGAAAUGGUCAUGAAUGAAGCACUUCGCCUGUAUCCAUGUGCACCAGGAACUGCCCGGAUGUGUACACAGGAUUGUACCAUUAACGGUGUGGAAUUCAAGGCCGGGAUGAUGAUUCGAGUCAUGGCCUUCACUCUGUAUGAGGACGAAGAAUACUUCCCACAGCCGAAAAAGUUUAUGCCCGAAAGGUUCAACACAGCCGCCAAGAAAGAAAGACAUCCGUACACCUUUAUCCCGUUUGGUCAGGGACCACGGAUCUGUGUGGGCAUGAAGUUCGGCAUUUACCUGAUCAAAAUAGCUCUAGUUAAAAUACUACAGAAAUACGUCAUCGUCCCAUCCAGUAAAACACAGGACCCCCUGCCCACUGUUCUGAGGCCAAUGUUGGCUCCACGUCAUGGUGUGUUUAUUAAACUUGUGCCGCGUCGGACCGGACCGCCUGUUAUAUCACAGGGUUAAGUCAGACCGUAAAUGACGUCGGCUUAUGCUACUGACGUCCUUGACGUUCUGCACCCUUGUGACAGGCCCAGUCACGCGCGCUCCGAGAGCGGACCGACAGAGGAUGGAUUGUCCGUCCGGCGUAUGUAGGGUACAUAUUAUAGGCAUAAUCUGCUUAUGAAUAUGUCAUAUAGCCAAGUAGUAAAGGCAGAAUAAUACAGGGAUAUAUUCUAUCAAUAUUAAUGUUUAAUGCUAUUGAGCAUUGUUAUCAUUUAUUCCAAAGUAAUUAUCAGCUAUAUUGUAUUAUGUAACUACCGAAACGAUUUUAGUGAUAAAGGAGGUGGUUUAUGCUGGGAGAAGGCUAUAUGGCACGCGUUGCUAAAGCAAUACAAAUGCAACGAACACCGUUUGAAAAUACUCGCCUGCAAUAAAUAAGGAAGGCGGACGCCAUUUUGGAAUCUGCCCGCCAUUUUGGAAUCACAAUUGUGUUAUAAAAUGGUGUGCAUGAAUAACAAACAUAAUCCAAGCACAUACCAACUCUAUGUUACUGUUGUAUGCAACGAAGAGAGACUCAGUGAUUUGUUAUAUUAUUCCAAAUUCGUGUCGAAUGAAAAGAUACAAAGUGGCACGGAUCAUAACGAGAGACUUGGUGAGUACCGUUUAUUGUAGUAGUGGUCAGUUGAACUGACCACUGCGGCGCUUAGACGCCGUAUUGUCGAGUACCACGCGUGCUGGAUACGUUAAAAUCGAUUUGAUGUUUAUUUGCUUAUUAUUAUUGUCAAAACAAUCAGCAUUUCUUUUGUCUGAUCUACCGAAUUUCUUUACAAACCAUAUCCCUGUAUACGUACGUUGUGUCAUUGUGACGUCAUGUGUUUCCUGGUACGUUUGUUACAAGACAGGUCUAUGUAAACCAACUUUACGUUCAUAGACAACAAAACGAUAUUUGCAUGUCGAGAUAUUCUUUGUAAAAUACCUUGACUGUCAAAUAGCAGUCCUACCUGAAACACUGUACUGUUGAGUUUACUACAAGUCGUACGGAAAUGAUUUAUUUUACAAAAGUACGUAACCAUUAUAUGAUAUAUAAAUAUAUGUAUACAUCUUAAAAUAUUUGAACAUUCAUAACCAUUUUUGAUAAUACUGUAAAUGUGAAUUAUCAAGAAAGUAUGUGUUAAUUUCAGCGCUGUGGAUAUUUUUCAUCAAAUUCUCAUUAAUCAGAGUUAGCAAUCGGGCACGGAAAUAAACUGAUAACUAGUAUGCUGCAGGAUUUUAAAAUGCGGAUACAAGCAAGUUGCAAAUAGUUGAAGAAUUCAUAUCGCAAACAAUUUGAAACUAGUUAGGAAUACCGAAUUGUGACAAAUAUCCACUUCGCGAAUUGCUGGAAGAGUUAAAACGAGAAUUUUUUUACAAGCGCAAAUAUAAUGUUUUAUGGUAGAUGAAGAAUACCGAAUUGUGUAUUCCGUCUUUUUGUAUUGCAGAGUUAUUGAUUGAUUGUUACGUCAUUUGUUUGUGAGAGUA